CCCUCCGUUCUUCGACACCCUCCCAACCCUUCACCCUUUCUCUCGCGGCUCGUUUGGUUGGGGGAAUUUUCCAAGGAUCCCGUUUCCGUUUCGAGGUGCCCAUGGCGCUGGCGGCGCAGCUCUACGGAUCGGCGGCGGCGGCCGCGUACCGGAGACUUCCACUCUACGGAGUUCCUUCGUCAUGCCGGUGGCCGCGGACUCCUCUCGCCGCUCUCCCGAAGCUUUCCAUCUCCACCGGUGGAAUGGGUAUGAAUCCGUUUGGUGUUGGUGCUAAAGUUUCAAUAAAAUGUACAAAUGGGACCACUCAGGUUGAUGAGUUAAACUUCAGAUCAAAUCAAACUGAGGAAUUAGUAGAAGGAGAUGCAGAUACUGUUACCCAGAAGAGGAGUGCAAAAAUCCAUGAUUUUUGCCUUGGGAUCCCUUUUGGUGGUCUUCUAUUCUGUAUGGGGCUUCUAGGAUACAUUUUUUCAAGAAGUACCAUAAGCCUUGUUUUAGGUGUUGCACCAGGGCUCACCACGCUCUUUCUUGGUACCCUCAGUCUUAAAUUCUGGAGGAGUGGAAAAUCCAGUUUCAUAUUUAUCUUGGGCCAAGCAGCAAUUUCUGCUGUUCUAGCAUGGAAGUAUUCCCAUGCCUACAUCUUGACAAAUAGAAUCCUCCCCUGGGCCUUCUAUGCAUCUCUGAGCACUGCCAUGGCUUGUUUCUACGCUUAUGUGCUGCUCUCCGGAGGAAAUCCACCACCUAAGAAGAAGAUGGCAGCAACUCCAUCAUCAUAGAGCAGGAUCCAGGCAUUUUCUUAGUGAUUAACGCGACAGGAUGAUUUGGCCUUUGUGCCUUUUAAUGCUUUGUCUGCAAGUAUAACAGAAUUUUGAGUUAUCAUCCCAUUUGUAUAUUCCCUAAUCUUACAUUCUCUGUGGAUUUUGGUUGUUGUAGCGUGAAGCUUUUUGAACAAAUAAUUCUGCAGGAUGGCAAUCCAUCCUUACUGAACAUUUUGCUCUUUUUUUUUCCCUCCAAGAGCAUAAAUAAAGGAUAUGUGUUUAUUUAA